GAAAUAUCUACGGUUUCAGUGUACUCGGUGUUUUCGACUCGGUCGCCCGAUUUUCGAGUAUCGCGUGUGCGUAGUUCGCGAAUUUCCACUUUAUCGUAAUUUUGUUUUUUCGUUUUACUUAUUGUAUGUACAUGUUAAAUAAAAUGAUGUUGAAGAUCGCUUUCUGACGAGGUAGACUGUGUUCGGACACAAAUAUCCCAAUAAAAGCGCUCAAAAUGGUUUUAAUAAUAUUUUGCUUACAUAGGAAUAACUGAAACUCAAAUUUACGAUGAAUAUCACUACUACAAAUAACACUUGUUCACCUGAAAAAAUACUAAAUCCUGGUUGGUGUCCUAGUCACUGGGAUCUAUUAUUAUGUUGGAAAGCUUCAAAACCUGGUACUGUAGUGUACCAAGCAUGUUUUGAUGAAUUGAACGGAGUACGUUAUGAUACAUCACAAAAUGCUAGUCGUCGUUGUAAAUCGAAUGGUAUCUGGGAAAAUUCUUCUGAUUAUAUGAACUGCCGACCUUUGGAUACAAAUAACUCAUUAUAUCCAGAUCCAUCAAUUGUAUUCACAUCAUAUUUUUACUAUGGUGGUUAUACUAUAUCAUUAGUAGCAUUGGUAGCAGCUGUUUCCAUAUUUGUUUACUUCAAAGAUUUACGGUGCUUGAGAAACACAAUACACACAAAUUUGAUGUGCACUUAUAUACUAUCAGAUUUUACAUGGAUAUUGACGUCAACACUACAGGAAUGGCUUUCAGCUAGUAAUAACGCUUGUGUGUUAUUUACAUUUUCGUUACAUUAUUUUGUAUUAACAAAUUUCUUUUGGAUGUUUGUCGAAGGCUUGUACCUGUAUAUUUUGGUUGUAGAGACUUUCACCAGGGAAAAUAUCAAACUCCGUGUUUACAUGUUUAUUGGCUGGGGUUUUCCACUUGUAAUUAUGAUUAUUUGGGGUGUUUCUAAGAUCAUCACACCAAUUGAAGUAGAGGAAAGAAGCGAUUCUUGUUCUUGGAUGACUCCACAUCCCGUGCACGAUUGGAUCUAUCAAGGGCCGGCAAUAAUAGUGCUGAUAGUAAAUUUGGUUUUUCUGUCAAAAAUAAUGUGGGUACUAAUAACAAAACUAAGGUCAGCAAAUUCGGCUGAAACCCAACAAUACCGCAAAGCUAGUAAAGCUUUGUUAGUUCUUAUACCAUUGUUAGGCGUUACCUACAUACUAACCAUGGUCGGGCCUACAGAAUCCGGUACUUACGCUAACUAUUAUUCUUAUGGUAGAGCUACACUUUUGUCUAUGCAGGGAUUUAUGGUGGCAAUAUUUUACUGCUUUGUCAAUUCCGAAGUAAAGAACACGUUCAAACAUCAUUUCAUUCGAUGGAAUGACGCGAGAAAUCUGAGAACCGGUGGUAGUCGAAGAUUUACUUAUUCAAAAGAUUGGUCACCGAACACAAGGUCCGAUAGUGUCAGGUUGGCCCGGCCAUCGAUCAUCGCGGAUUCGGUCAUGAACAAAGGCAAGAGGGCCUCGACCGUCAGCAGUUCGACGACGAUGACGUUCAUCGUGUCUAACGGGUCGGGCGGCGUGUUGCUAUCGAACGCCUGUCAAAAUCGCAUGUUGAACGCCGCCUCCGAAAAUGUCGUCUAGAAAAAAAAACAUAAAAAUAUAAUAUAUAUAUAUAUAUAUAUGCUACACUUUAAAGGUCCGACGGUAUCGUCGUUAGUAAACAACUAGUGUGUGUCUAUUCGUCCCGCAGCUGUCCUCUCGCUAUUAGUAUAAAAGUUCUUAACCGGUAAACCCAUUACUACCUCAGACCUACGCGUGUCACUUUUAUCACCACAAUCCCACAUUUCUCUUGUGUACCAUAUUUAUUACACGCAAUUACUGCGUGACGUGUUUUAAUGUAUAUAUGUAUCCGUCUUUGUGUUUGUGUUUGUGCGUGUCACGUGUGUGUGUGUGUGUGUGUGUGUGUGUGUGUGUGUGUGUGUGUGUGUGUGUGUGUGUGUGUGUGGUGUGUGCAUUCAUACGACCUUUUGUUUUGUAAAACACUAUUUUCAAGACCUGCAGGUAUUACAAUAUGAUUUUGAUUUUACACAGAUUAUAAUAAGGCAUAUCGGUAAAAACAAAAUGUAAGUCAAAUCCGUAUAAAGUAAUAAUAUAAUAUAUAUGUACCUCGUAUAAUAAAUAAUACUAUAUUUUUUCCAGUACGGAAAUCGUAAUGGGACUUCUUAGAAAACCGUGACUUAAACGCAGUUCAAAAAAUAUUGCUCAUAAUACUCGUAUAGGUAACCUUAAAUACUCGUACUUUUAUUGUUUUGAACUACUCGCAUACAUUACGAAAACAUAGACGACAGGUAAAAAAUAAACUUUUCUGUAAUCGGUUUAUAUAAUUGUAUAUAAUAAUAUGAGCCCUCUGCUCGCGCAGAAAAUUUUUAGAUUUUAAAAACCACCUAAACAAUUGUUACGAUGAUUGUUUUUACAGAAUUAUUCUAACAUUUGAACAUAAUGUCAUGGUAAGGAACAUUAAAUUUAAAAUUUAAAGUUAUCCAAAUAAACUAAAUAAAUUAUAAAAUUUAAGUGAUAUUUUACAAUUUUUCAGUUUUUGAUAUAUUUUUUUGAAAAUAAAUUUUCAUUUUAAUUAAAAAUAAAUAUCAAAUACCUUGAGUAAAUUUAUCAUUUUCAAUAAAAUAAACCAAUCAGUUUCGGUAUUUACAUUUAAAUUGGGAAAGAAUAAAAAUAUAUUGAUUUAAUUAAUGUUUUUAUUUAUUAGUGUAAAUACUAAAUAGUAACGUUUGGGUUUAAUUGAAAAUCUAUUGACUAACAAUGAAAAACCUACACAUAUUUUUAAUUUUUUUUUUAUCUAUAGUAGUAUACUUAUAUUAAAAAAAUAUCAUGCACAGUUUAUCUGUUCCUCAAAUAGUUGUAUGAUAAAUAAUAUAUUUUCAAUUUUCUUAUUAUGUUUAUGUAACUUCUACAACAAUAUCUAUUUAUAUCAUAGACUUAUAACUUGAAUUUUUUUUAUAUGUGUCCAAUUGAAUUGCGAAAUAAUAAAAACGCAUUCGUGUAUGUAUAUUAUAACUAAAAUAUGUGUGUAGUUUGCAGAAAUUUAAAUUUAAGAUUAAGCUAUUCCAUACACUGUUUGUAUACAUCUUUUAAAAUAUUAAAAAAUUAAAAAUUAACAUAUAAUAAAUUACUAAUUGUUAAUUAAUAAUCUAAGUAUUUGGUAACUAAGUGUUUAAUAACACAUCAUAUCAGUGCUGCAAUUAGAUUAUGUAUUAUAUUUAAAUAACCGGAAAUGCAAAUAGUUACUAUGGUAAAUUCAUGAAUAUAUCGUACUGCAUUGACGUUUCACGAAUAAUUGGAUAAUAUUAUAACUCUUAGUCGUUGCUCUGCAUAUCAGUACUCUUUAAUCAUUUAAUAAUUAACUAUUCCCUAAAUAAUAAUGAUAUAUUAUUACGUACCUACUAUGUAAUAUUAAUGUGGGAUUCAUAACAAUGUUUAAUUAUUAUUUGCAUAGAAUUAGGUAAUUAUUUACUUUAAAGUAUAUUGUUUUUUUUUUAUUUAUUUAUUUUACUAUCUACCUAUGCCUUCAUAUGUUACUAGUUGUUAAUAACUUCACUUAGUUUAUAAGUCUAUUACAGUAAAAUUCCAUUAUUUUAUUUACUAUUAUUAUUAUUUUUAAUCAAAAUUAAGUUUAAGCAUGAAUAAAAAUUAUAUCAACCAUUAGAUUUAAGAUGCGUUAAAAACUAUGAUAAAUACAAUUAUUAUCCCUAUAAAUGUUAAACUUUAAUAAAUAUAUAUAUAUAUUAUUAUUAAU